UUUUAUGGACCGAAUCCGGUUGGUCAAUGCACCUUCCCGCAAUAUAUAAAGUUCCUCUUUUCAUGAUCUUUUUCUGGGUCUGUGUGAACAGGAUACAGCCUGGUCGUCUCUGAAGCUGCUUUCUUCUUUCGAAUAACAAAUAAUCCCGUUAAAUCUGACAAGUGAGUCCACUGACUUGUCCUACUGUUGCAAUGGCUUGUCUGCUAUGCCCGCCUCUCUUGUGCUGCCUCCUCCUCCUCCUCCACUUUCCAUUAGCCUCCAGUUCUGCUUCUAAUGGGGACACAGUGGUCAUAACCAGCAGUGGCCCUGUUAAGGGCAAGCAGUUCCUGGCUGGCCCUGGAUCUGUGACAGCCUAUCUAGGCAUUCCUUAUGCUGAGCCCCCCCUGGGGAAGUUGCGUCUCCAGAAACCUCUUCCACAUCAGCCAUGGAAGCAAACAUUGGAAGCCACCAGUUUUGGCAAUUCCUGUCCUCAAUUUAUUUUCCGGGAUGUCCCUGAAGCAGAGAUGUGGUCUCCUAAAACACCACUGUCAGAAGAUUGCCUUUCUCUCAACAUCUGGGUGCCACACCCACAACCUUCUUCACCAGUCCCUGUUUUGGUCUGGAUACACGGAGGGGGUUUUUUAAUGGGCACAUCUUCUGUGGACAUGUACAAUGGGGCACCUUUGGCUGCCACUGAGAACGUCAUUGUGGUCACCAUCAAUUAUCGCUUGGGAGCCCUAGGCUUUCUUUACUUACCACCAGCUGCUCCAGGGAACCUUGGCUUAUGGGACCAACAGCUGGCCAUGAAGUGGGUAAAAGAGAAUGCAGCUGCCUUUGGGGGAGAUCCUUCUCGGGUGACCCUUUUUGGCCACAGUGCUGGAGGAGCUUCUGUGAAUCUCCAUCUUCUCGCACCAAAAAGCCAUGACCUUUUUGCCCAAGCGGUGAUCCAGAGUGGAACAGCCAAUGCCUUCUGGUCUUGGAAGUCUCCUGAGGAUGCCAAAAAGUUAUCACUGGAAUUUAUUCAUCUGCUAGGUUGCUCUGAGGACAAUAAUAUCAGCAUAGGGCAUUGUCUGCAAACAAAAAAUGUUUCUGAACUUAUUCGGCAUGAAAUAUCUCUGUUCUACAAAGGUGGCUUCCUUGCGAAUUUUCCCUUCGUGCCAACCACAGAUGGGGAGUUUUUGCUUGGUGAACCAGAAAAGCUCAUGGAGGAGGGGCAAAUUCAGGUCAAACCAGUCCUCAUAGGUGAAACCUCUGAUGAAGCAGCCUCAUUUGUCCACUUUGUUUUCCCUAACAUCACCCACAAUCUCAUAAAUCAGGAGCAGCUUCUGAAAGGGAUACAGCUGUUGGUUGGAAAUGCAACUGAAGAUUUUAUUCAGGCUAUUGCACAGAAGUUCAGUGAAGGACAAUAUGGGCCAGCCCAGUUCCGCUCCGCUCUGUCCCACUUCUAUACAGAUCAGAUCAUUGCAUGCCCAUCGAGGGAAGCUGCAAGAAAUAUCAGGAAAACUGGGAGUCCUGUAUAUGCCUAUUUAUUCACACAUCGCCCUUCAUGGUCAAUUUGGCCUGAAUGGAUUGGGGCAACUCACGGUGCUGAGAUUUCUUAUGUUUUUGGAACCCUUGAAUCAGUGCCGCCUUUCAAUCAAACGUACACAGAGGCUGAAGCCAGACUGAGCCAUAAAAUGAUGCACUACUGGGCAGAGUUUGCCAGAACUGGGAAUCCCACUGGUUUAGUGGCCAGCAAGGAUGACUGGCCACUUUAUAAUCCCACAGAACAGAAUUUCUUCCUUCUUAAUACUGAGCCAUUCCAGAAAAGGAUGGUAGAGCACUGUGACUUUUUAAAGAGCCUUUUUUCAAAGGCUGAAGAGACACACAAGUCCGAAGGUGAUUCUGUUUCAUCAGACUAGGAAGAAGACAGGAGAGAAGAGCAUCCCGGAAUCUCUGUUUUGCCUGUGUCUUGAACUGGCCUACUAUGAAGGACUGCCCCUUAGGUUGACUCUCUUUGAAAAUGGCAUCCAUAUGUCGAAGGCACCAUUUGAAAACCUAGCUACAGUUUGUUUGCUUUAGAAUAGUGGUUGUGUGUUUAUUUCUCUCGGGAACCAGUCAAGACCUCCCCUUAAAGCCUAGAGAAAUGAUGACAAGCUGAGCCAGAGAACCUUCCAGAAGCAUCCAUUGUCCUUUCAGGGACUGACUGGCGGGAACUUGGAAGACAAAUAAGGAGACAACUAAAACCCACAUCACUUUUGCUGUUAAAAUAAUAAAUUCCUAGGAGUAAUUUGUUAUGUCUUGAUUUGAGACAGGCUUUUAAUUAAUCCCCCUCCCUCAAAAAGAACCUCUUAAUAAAUACUCCUGAAUUCUUAG